CGUCUCUACAAAACUCAAACAUGGGUCAAAAAUAGAUGUAUACUAAAACAGAAACAUGGCGACAAGAGCUCCCGAAUACCCACUAGGAUCUGCUCAAGCACACAUCCCAAUGUGUGAGACACACGAUUUGAAUAUAGAUAUAACAUGUGAGGACUGCGAUGAGUUUAUUUGUUCACAAUGUGCCAAAACAGACCACAAGGAUCACGACUGGAAAACGAUACCCACAGCAGGAAGUCUAAGGAGACGAGAGCUAAAGGAAACUCUAAGUAGAGUUAAAGAAGAAGAUGUGAAAGAGAUUGAUGAAAAGAUAAAGAAAGCAUCAAAGCAAAUGGAGGAUAACCAGAAAUGUUGUGAUUCUGAGGUCUUUAAGCUCCAGGUACAUUUUGAUGCGAUUAUGUCAAAACUCGAUGAAAUCAGGAAGAGUUUUGAAAUUGAAUUUAGGGAAAAAUUGAUGAGAAAAAAUGCAGAAGUGAUAGAGAAACAAAAAGACUUAGAGAAGCAAAGUGAAAAAAUUAAGGAUCUUGUGAAGUUCCUGGAGGAAGAACACAACAACAUGUCUGAUUAUAGUUUGAUAGACAACCUCAGAGACUUAACAAACCUGAGGUCAAACACGAAGUGUGAUUUUGAAAAAAAGGAUUAUUCCGUGAGAUACAGAAGUGGAGGCGUUAGUUCAGAAUCACUAGAGUCAAUUAUGGGACAAAUGUUUGAUUUGGAUGACAUCACUGUAACUGAGACAGAUUCAUAUCAAUAUGGAGAGGAGUGUGUUUCUGUGUUAGAGGCAAUUAGUAGAGAUACAUGUGUUUUGCGUGAUGUUAAGUCAAAUUAUCUUGAACGAAUUAACAUCAGAAAUAAGAAGAAGGAAAAAAUCAACAUCGAUAUAAAUGAUGUUUGUAUAACAGACAAUGGUGAUUUGUAUGCCACUGACCAUAGGAACAAAUCAAUUGUCCGUCUUGCCCCAUCAGGCUCAGUCUCUACAGUAUUCAAUACAACUUCUCUAGUACCAACAGGAAUCUGUCAAUCAACAGCAGGAGGUCUGCUGGUCACACUGACAGAUGCUGAGUCAGAACGAGGUCAAGUGGAUUCACACAACCGUCGUCUGGCUAGACACGUGACACUGACCGGUGACGUCAUCCGUGAGUACGAGUACCAGGAGGACGGUCAGACCAGGCUGUUUAAUGAACCAACCAGAAUCAAACAGAACGGUAACACUGAUAUUUGUGUAAUGAACAAGAUAAGUAUGUGUGGGGGUGAACUGGUAAUUCUAUCUGCUUCAGGAUCCAUCAAGUCAGUAUAUCGAGGUGAAAACCAGGAGUCUCAAUUCGAUCCAUCUGAUGUAGUGUGUGACUCCCACUUUAACAUCAUUAUAAGUGAUUAUUCAAACAGCCAGGUCCAUCUCCUGAGUCCUGAUGCGGAGUUCAUGAGGUACCUACUGACAGAGAAUGAAGUAACAUGUCCAUGUUCCAUGUCUUUGUAUAAAUCCACACUGUGGAUGGGUAAUGCAUUUGGACUUCUCAAAGUGUUUCAGUACUAUAGUAAACUAUAAAACUUAGAAUCGCAUAUCUGAUUGAACUAAAACCUGUAUUAACCACAUUGCAUUACUAAUGGACAAAAUUAGACAAACGUUAACGUAGCUGGCAACCGUUAAAACUUAUAUUACAUGUAUUAUAUUAAAGGGAGAGGAAACUAAUAACAUGUUGUACAAUAAAUCAAUUAAUUAUGUGUACUAUAAUUGUAAAUCGUAUUUAUUUUCAUUAAGCCCCUCGGAACAAUGAAUAAAUCAUGAAAAUCGAUCGCUUAAUUUAAAUUUUUUGGGAGCUGCCAUUGAACUUUAAUCUAUGACGUCACUUCAUCUUUCCCGGUUUGUUUCAUCAACAUAUUUAUGCUCUAGAAGACAAGUUCUUGAAAAUUUGAAACAAUAUCGACUUGAGACCGCUCCAACUUUAGAGAAAUUAUUCAAACACCCGAUCACAAUUGUAACAUACUUAUUUUGUUAGCGAAAAACAUGACUUGGAAUAGAAAUUUACUCGAGGCUAUUUUCAACUUAGAUUAAUAGGAGAUUAGCAGCCGUCAUUUAUUUCAUAGGAAUUGCAUACACGUGUGAACCUAAACACUAUCAAUUUUCUUUAGUUGAUUAUUUGAGUAACAGAAAGGCACAAUGAAGCGUUUUAUUAAGAAAACUGUGUACAUUGCAUAGGGUUAUAUGUAAACCAAAGUGGAAAAGAUUAUGUACCGUCAAAAUAUGAUGUUAGCAUCCAGUAAAUACGAUUUCUCUUACUUCAAACGUGCAUAUAUGCUUAAUUAUGUAGUUUAUUUUUA